CUGUAACUUCCUGGUCACACACAGAGCAGGGGACAGCUGUGGACACAGAGCACCGAACCCGCAGACAGACGACAGCAUGACAGCCCGGGGCAGUGCCAUGUGUGCCACAGGGGGCGCUCUCCUGUGAUGGCGGGGACUGCAUAGUACACAUAGGGGGCUCAGCCGGCUGAUGGGGGUGCGGGGCCCGGGCGUGUAGAGCGCUGUACAGGGGCCCCUCACCGAGGAGGACAUGACAGACAGCCUGAGCUGAGAGAGCACUCACCGGAGCCGAGCAUGGACUCCAGGACCAGGGAGAAGCCUGAGAGAACGUUUGACUUGGUGCUGAAGGUGGAGUGUCCUCCCUCCGAGAAUGAAGAUCCGGCCUUACUCUGGAAGUUCCCGGAGGAUUUCUCUGACCAGGACUUGCUAUGCAUGGUGCCGAAGUUCUGCUUCCCCUUUGCAAUUGAUAGGGGUACACAGUCCCAAAUGGGACAGCACUUUACUUUUGUCCUGACCGAUAUAGACAGUAAACAGAGGUUUGGAUUCUGCCGCUUGACGUCACGGGGUAAAAUCUGCCUGUGUAUUCUUAGUUAUCUGCCCUGGUUUGAAGUUUACUACAAGCUGUUGAACACUUUGGCUGACUAUCUAGUUAAGGAACAGGAAAAUGAUCUGAAUGACAUAUUGAAGACUCUGUACAAUCACCCUGUUCCUGAAGCGCACACUCCUGUGAGUCUGAACCUGAACCCACUGCAGUUUAUAUCCAGGGAACCUCUUAUAAAAACUCAGUCCGCUCCCGAGCUGCACUCGUUCUUCAUUACUCCUGACGUAACCGGACUGCCGACAAUCCCUGAAAGUAGAAACCUGACGGAAUAUUAUGUUGCGGUGGAUGUAAAUAAUAUGCUCCAGAUAUACGCCAGCAUGUUGCACGAGCGCAGGAUUAUCUUCACCUCAAGGAAACUAAGCACGUUAACAGCCUGCGUUCAUGCCUCUGCCUCCCUACUGUACCCCAUGUAUUGGCAGCACAUAUACAUCCCUGUUCUUCCUCCACAUCUGCUAGACUACUGUUGUGCCCCGAUGCCUUAUCUGAUUGGAGUUCACUUCAGCCUCAUAGAGAGGGUAAGAAGCCGAUCUCUGGAUGAUGUGGUAUUACUGAACGUGGACACCAACUCAUUGGAAACUCCUUUCAAUGACCUUUCGGCUCUGCCCAGUGAUGUGGUUUCGACCCUGAAAAGCAAGCUGAAGAAGCAGUCGACAUCCACCGGAGACGGCGUGUCACGUGCUUUCCUCCGAGCUCAGGCCACGCUGUUUGGGUCAUACAGGGACGCUCUCCGAUACAGACCUGGGGAACCAAUUACAUUUUCAGAGGAGAGCUUUGUAGCCCAUCGUUCCAGCACCAUGAAGCAGUUUUUGGAGAAAGCAGUUAACCUGCAGCUCUUUAAGCAGUUUAUCGAUGGUCGACUGGAGAAGCUGAACUCAGGGCGUGGAUUCUCCGACAUGUUUGAAGAGGAGAUAACUUCUUGUGGAUUCUCUGGAAACGGGCGGUCGUAUCAACAGUGGGUGCACACAAUGAAGAAAGGUGGGGCCCUAAUAAAUAAUGCAGUGAUCAAAGCCAGCCCGGCUGUGAAGAACGCCUAUAUGUAUGCCAAACAAGGCAUCAAGGAAGUGAAGAGCAAGUUAAAAAACAAGGAAAUUGAGGAGGGACUUUCUGUGGAUAGUUCGGAGUCCAUGAACUCCAAUACCUUCCCUUUAGACAACACAAAACGACUCAAGGCUGAGAAGCGGAAACUCUCGCAGACACGAAGGAAUCAUCUUCUCAGUGUGGCAAACCAUAACUCUGGGAUGGAAGAUUCCGACACCGGUGACAGCGCCAGCAAGUUGUCAUCCGAGGACAGUGAAGAGCGGUCUGCAUACUUGUAUGACAGCGACGCGUCCUACGAUGAUGUGAGUCUGACCUCCCGCCCUGGAGGAGAGAUGGACCUUCUUGGAGAAAUCUUAGACUCGCUGAGUACCCACAGCUCCGAUCCCGGGGGAGGCCGCCUCAAAGCUGCUAAGAGUCUGGACUUCUUUCGUUCUGUAGAGGAUUUAGACUAUAAAGUUACGAAGAAAAACAAUACUCCCAGUGAGGACAACCUGACUUCACUCUGCAUGGAUUCCAGACAGAACUGGAAUAGUGGCCUGGAUGACAGUAUCCUUUACCGAAAACACCACUCCACCCUGGCCCACCAGAAAAGCAAAGGCGAAGCCUCCUGUAAAGACCUAGACAGACGCAGGUCCGAAUUCCCCACCAUCGUUCUCACCGAGGAGGCGAGCGCACCUGGAACAACUGGACGACCCACCUCGCUUUUCUGCAGAGCGGAGCAGGGCGCGGUGUACGAUGUCCGGACAUCCUCCGACGAGCUUCCAUAUAAGAGUUUAGGAAAUCAAGUGCCAUGGGAAAAAGAGGAGACUGAGCCUAACGGAGACCAAAGUCCAAGUAGUCCUCUUGACUAUAUUUCCCGUCUGUGAAUAUGCUCAGCUCCAGGCAUUGCAUUCGGAAAACCGGCAAAUGGGAAAACAAUGUUAGAUUACCUGUUCUAACUACUGUGUCACAAAGUGUCCUAGAUGCAUCAUUUCAAUCUCCCAGGAGGAAUCCCAUUGUCAUUUCUGCAACAAAUCAUAAACUUCUUGUCGUUCGUACAUCAUAUCCGUGGAUAUGCACCGCGGAUGCUCCUGGUUACAUAGACUUAUUGCAGAAGCAUUGGUGUGCGCUGGUACAAAAUAAUCAUUUUCGGUAUUUAUUCAACCUUGCACUAAAGAAGCUUCCCACAAUCAGCUGUUCAUGUCAUAAGAGCAUAGUCACCAUUUUAAUGGAACAAUCCCGCAAACUGGUGGGGUUAAUGCAAACAGUGUAUCGUUAUGUUCUGCAAAACACGUGGCUUAAAUCAGUUUUUCCCACCAGUGUGCCUCCAGC